CUUUCAUUCAGCCAGGCCCAAACCAACCAGCCCCUCUCUGGACAUCUCCUUUCUGGCUGACCAGAGAAGCUUCUAGAGGUCCGACCGCAGCAUUAAGACCAGGAUAGACCGCCGGGGCUGGGGGGGAAAGAUAUCUGAACGAGAGACAAAGGAACCCAGUGAAGGAGAGAUCACACAAACCCAACAGGCCAACAUGGCGCUGCUGUGCUACAACAAAGGCUGUGGGCUGAUGUAUGACGCUGACAAGAAUAAGGACGAUUCCUGCGUCUUCCAUCCAGGAGUCCCCAUCUUCCACGAUGCUCUCAAGGGUUGGUCCUGUUGUAAGAAAAGGACGACAGACUUCUCAGAGUUUCUCUCCAUCAAGGGCUGCACCCGCGGGCGCCACAGCAACGAGAAGCCCCAGGAGCCUUUGCGGCCGGAGGUGUCAUCAGAUAAGGCCGAGAUUAAACACAACAAUGGCCCAGAGAUAAUCUACCAGGGACCCAAAUCUGCUGAGAAACUGCAGAAAGAGCGGCCCAGCUCAGACGAGCCCAAGACCAAGAUGCCCCACAAAGUGUCGGCGUCGCUGGCUCAGGCGCUGGAGAAACUGGACCUCAGCAAGAAAGCGGAGAACGAGAACAAAGAGAGUCAGAAAGUCAUGCCAGGGACCCGAUGCAAGAACGCCGGAUGCAAAACAGUCUAUCAAGGCCCAGAGACAGACGCGGACAUCUGCACCCACCACCCCGGAGGUCCCGUCUUCCACGAGGGCUAUAAGUACUGGAGCUGCUGCUGCAUAAAGACAAUAGACUUCAACGCUUUCCUCGAUCAGAAAGGCUGCACCACAGGGAAACACCGCUGGAUCCCAAAGCAGGACAAGAAGAAGGUGGCGUGUCGACACGACUGGCACCAGACAGGAAAUAACGUUGUUGUAACGAUUUACGCCAAGAACGCAAACCCAGAACUGACCUGCAUAGAGGCCAACCGGACAGUGCUCUCUUGUCAAAUCCAGUUUGAGGACAAUAAGAUUUUCAAGAGGGACUUCCACCUCUGGGGCGUGAUCAACGUCAAACAGAGCGUGGUCAACAUGGUCCCAUCCAAAGUGGAGGUCACCCUAUGUAAGGCCGACCAGGUGGCCUGGGGCAAACUGGAGGACCCCAACUACAAACCCGAGCCCGAGCCCAUAGAGGACAGCGUGGAAACCACAGAGUCGUUCCAGCCCGACUGGGACAUCGACGACGACGACAUCAGCGACUCGGACGAAGACUGGGCCUACGACAAGCCGGAGAAUAAAAAGAAGCCGUGGGACGAGGAAGAGGAGCAGAAGAAGAAUGAGGAAGAGAUACAGAAUUUAAAGAGGAAGGAGGUAGAGGAGGAGAUGAAGAGAGCGAUGGAGGAGAGGAAGAAGGCAGAGGAGGAGAGGAAGAAGCUGGAGGAGGAGAGAAGGCAGGAGGAAGCGGGAGAAUUCGAAGACAUGCCAGAUCUCGAGUAACCGCUCCGAUAAACGGUGUGAAGACCGGGUCUGGUUUUUAUUAGCGAGGUAGAAAAAAAGUUUAAAUUAAAAUAGAUUUUUUUGUAAUGAAGCAAAUUAAAUUUUUAUUUCUGAAAUAAUCAGAGUCAAACUUUAUGUGUUGUUGCUACAAAGGAAAUGUGGUAAUUCACAACCACGUUUUAACUUUGGAGGUCCUUCUGGGGACGUUUUGGGAGGUUGAUUCUCUUGAAGGGGUUACUAACAUCACACACACUGGAUCCCUUUAUUUUUUAUUUAAUUAUAAUGCUUGAAAUGAAGUGAGGUUUCUUCUUAAAAUGAGAAGACACUCAGAUACAGCUGGAUGAAAUAAAGACUUCUCUAUGUCUGA